AUGGCACCACCAUCGCCCUCGUACACCAAGGUCAUUCACUCCACCACAUAUGCUGGCAUCAAUCCAACGCAGCCCAGCCUCUCGACUGCGGGCAAGGUUGUGUUGAUUACUGGCGCAUCGGGCGGCAUCGGGCGGGCCACAGCCUUGUCCUUUGCUGCAUCGGGCCCCCGAGCCCUCAUCCUUCUCGGUCGACGCGCCGACGCCCUGGCGGAAACCGCCACGAUUUUCGGCGCCAGCCACGCAGAGGUGACCAUCCAAACCCAUGAGGCUGAGCUGUGCGAUGCCUCGAGCGUACGCAAUGCCAUGAACAAGGUGGCUGCCGAGUUUGGCGGCAUCGACAUCCUCGUCCACUGUGCCGGUGUUCUGGCCCCCGUUGUUCCGCUUCUGGAAGCUGAUCCGGCUACUUUCCUGGAUGGCUACAAGACUACCGUUGUCGGUACGCUGGUGACGGCGCAGGCUGUCAUCCUGGCAAACAAAACAGUCAGCCCAAACGAGGACAAGCCAGUCACCUUUAUCAAUCUGACCACGGCCGGCAUCAUAUUCCCCCCGUUCGCCGGCAUGGGUGCCUAUGUGAGCAGUAAAAUGGCCGCUGUCAAGGUCUUACAGUCUUUUGCCGCCGAGAACCCGCACGUGCGUCUUCACAAUGUGCAUCCCGGAUUCCUUGAAACGGCUAUGUCUGCUAAGCUGUCCGAGUCGGUAAAAUUGCCAUUUGCCUUUGAUGACAUCUCUCUUCCCGCCGAUUUCCUUGUCUGGAUUGUCUCCCCCGAAGCAGACUUUCUUAGAAACAAGAUCGUCUUCGCCUCUUGGGACGUUGAUGAGCUCAAGGCUCGCAAGAAGGAGAUUGUCGGUGGCCCGCCGGGAACU